GAAACGUGAAUUCAAUAUAUUUCACCUACUCUUAGACUCCCUAUUUUGAUUUUGUCCCUCUAACAUUCUUUUGGAAUAUGCUAUACUUAUCCUCUUAUAUUAUUAAUAUUUCCUAAUAUCUACCCGAUAUUCUAACGUAGGAAUAUCAAAACAAUACUCGGAAGUUUAAUAUUUUUCUUAGAAAGAAAAGAAUUUAAUCAUCCGUGGAUAAUGCAGAUGGGAGUAGCUCCGUAUGUUUCGGUCUAUCAUCGUAGUGUCAAAAGUUAUGGUACGGAUAUCGCUAUUCAGUAACAGUAUUCGUAAACUCUUGACGCAUCGGAAAGAAGUUUCAUUGUCGAGAAAACACGUGUAGUAAACGGUUAAACAUAAGUAUCUAAACUUUAUCGGUGUGAUUCUGUCGAAAAGACAAAGACUAUACAUGUUACGAAUUAGAGUUGUCAUUCCGGGACAGUAAACAGGAAGACUUUCCCGUCCUUGGAGUAGCCGAACAUUUCAAAUGUCUGUUACCGAGGAAAGAAUUCAAGAAUUAAACAGACGGUUUCUGGAGUUUAUGAACAAAAGCGAGAAUGUUGAAACGGCCACGAAAGAAAUCUACGAAGACCUUCUCGAUGAGGUCUUAAUGGGAUUUGUUUUUGACGUGCAUCGAACUACAAAAACUGGUAGCUCAGAUGUCGAGGAGGGUAUACCCGAUGACGAAUCUUACGCUAUCGUAGAUUCUCCAGGGUUGGAUGUGUUUGGGCAACACCCUGUAAAAAAAUCUCAAGAAUGUAAUUGUCCAAAUUGCGACAGAGGAGUGGCAGCAUGUCGCUUUGCAACUCAUUUAGAAAAGUGCAUGGGUAUGGGGAGAAACAGUUCAAGAAUUGCAUCCAGACGUAUUGCAAAUAACUCCAAAGAUCUUAGCAACUUCAGUGGAGUUAUAAGUGACGAUGAUGAUGAUGUUGAUUGGAGUUUAAACAAUGAUAAACGUAAACGCAGAAAAGACCGUAAUGGUAUUAAGAGAACAAAGCAACAAAAGAAUAAUCAAAGAAAUGGAGACAGUAUAAAUGAACACAUCCAUAGCAGCAAUGAAAAUUCUCCUUCAAAUUAUGAAAAUAUGUCUUUAGAAGACAAACGGAUUCUGUUAACUCAAAUUUGUGGAGUGAUAUCAGAACACACUAAAAAGUUGUGCACAAGAUCUAUGAGAUGCCCGCAACACACAGAGGAUCAAAGGAAGGAAAUGAGAGCAAAUUUGGAAACAGGUAACAAUACGCAAACUGGUCAAGAUAAUCUUCAUGUAGAUGUAGAUACUUAUGAAGAAGGAGAUGGACAAAAUUUGAGAGAAGUUUUGGCACGUUGGGAUCGCGAAGGAUCGAGUCAUUCGAGCCCAGCAGACUCGACAUCUACAACGUCGACAUCUUCGAUAAGUAGGAAACGAGAAACGAAGACAAAAGGCAAAGGAAAAGGGUCCAAACGCGAUCGUGGAUCCCCUAUUUCGCAAGGCGAUUAAAAUAUUGUAUUUAAUUUAUUUUUUAGUGAUAUAAACUUUCUAACAGGGAAAUUUAUGUAAUAUUAAUGUUCCUAUGCAUUGUACAAAGCUUCGAGAAUACACUGUUCCACACGAAA